GGGUCUGGUGCUGCUGCUCCGCUGCUGGCUCGGAACUCUUCCGCCGCUGUUUCCUGUGUUUGUAAACUGAGCUAGCCGAUGUGGCCGCGGUGAUAAUACAGCAAGAUCGGGCUGGGGUGCGGAUUAAAAGGACGUAAACGAGAGCCAGAUGAUAGGAAUAGGUGUGGCCUAUUGUCUAUCGCACCAUCCUGAGUGACAUCUCUUCUAGCCACCUUGUCCCCGCCCCUUUCCCCACCCUCUCUCAUCCGGUCUCUACGGUGAUGUCACACAUACCAAGCAGCUCGGUCCGUGACCAUAUGAAAUGGGCGGGGCUGCUCGGUUGUGAAGCCGUACUUUCCAGCAUGGCCCUGAUGCAAGCCAGCUCCAUGGCUGCCCCCAAGAAAAUGAUGACUCCUCUGGGUCCUGCCCCAGGCCACGCUUCGGGUCAGAGGGAUUUGCAGGACCGCGGGCCGCAGGGACACAUGGUCUUACCGACGGGGAUGACCUGUCCGCCACUGCUUCUCCGGAAAGAAGGCGAUUUCCAUGCUCCCCGACUGCUGGAUGAGAAGGAUAUGAGACCCAACGAGGACAUGCAGCUGAAGAAAAAGAACAGGAAGUCGGGAACGCCCUGUAAAGUCAGGGAGCAGGAGGGGAAAGGAGGGAAGUCUGUUGUGGUGGAUGAGAAUGGGAACUGUCCACUGUCCAAAGUGCAGAAGAACUUCAUCUGUGAUCACUGCUACGGGGCCUUCAGAAGUGGCUAUCACCUGAAACGACACAUUCUAAUUCAUACAGGGGAGAAGCCAUUCGCCUGUGCCAUAUGUGACAUGAGGUUUAUUCAGCGAUACCACUUGGAAAGACACAGCCUUACUCACACUGGGGUGAAGCCGUAUGCUUGCUCGAUGUGCGACAUGCGCUUUUUCCAACGUUACCACUUGGAGAGACACAGCCUCACUCACACUGGGGUGAAACCGUAUGCUUGCACCAUGUGCGACAUGCGCUUUUUCCAACGUUACCACCUUCAGAGACACAGCCUCAUUCAUACGGGGGUGAAGCCCUACGCUUGCUCCAUGUGCGACAGGCGUUUUUUCCAACGCUACCACCUGCAGAGACACAGCCUCACUCACACGGGGGUGAAGCCGUAUGCUUGUUCCAUGUGUGACAUGAAGUUUUUUCAGCGUUACCACCUGCAGAGACACAGCCUAACCCAUACGGGGGUGAAGCCAUAUGCUUGCUCCAUGUGUGACAUGAAGUUUUUUCAGCGUUACCACCUGCAGAGACACACUCUCACUCAUACGGGGGUGAAGCCAUAUGCUUGCUCCAUGUGCCACAUGAGGUUUUUCCAACGCUGUCACCUUCAGCGACACAGUCUCACCCACACGGGGGUGAAGCCAUUUGCUUGUACCAUGUGUGAUAUGAGGUUUUUCCAACGCUACCACCUCCAGAGACACAGCAUCACCCAUACGGGAGUGAAGCCUUACGCUUGUUCCAUGUGUGACAUGCGUUUUUUCCACCGUUACCAUCUGCAGAGACACAGCCUCACUCACACUGGGGUGAAGCCCUACGCUUGUAACAUGUGCGACAUGCGUUUUUUCCAACGCUACCACCUGCAAAGACACAGCCUCACCCAUACGGGGGUGAAGCCAUAUGCUUGCUCGAUGUGCGACAUGAGAUUUUUUCAGCGAUACCACCUGCAGAGACACAGCCUCACUCAUACGGGGGUGAAGCCGUAUGCUUGCUCGAUGUGCGACAUGCGGUUUUUCCAACGUUACCACUUGGAAAGACACAGCCUCACUCACACUGGCGAGAAGCCGUUUGCGUGUGAUAUGUGCGACAUGCGCUUCAUCCAGCGGUAUCACCUGGAGAGGCACAAGCGGGUUCACAGCGGGGAGAAGCCUUAUCAGUGCGAGCGGUGCCAGCAGAACUUCUCCAGGACAGACCGUCUGCUGAGGCAUCGGCGACUGUGCCAGGGAAGGGGCGUGGCUAAAGUUGAAGCUCAGCCCUGCUGCGAGCCCCGCCCCUACCCCCAGGAGCCACCCCCAGCGCCCCCUGCCACCUGGAGUCCCCUGCACCCGCCCCCCGGCCGACUUGCGGUGUGACAUUCCAGUCUAGAUGUUGGAGAUAAACAAAACAAACAAAACACACGAACAGCCCCGCCCCCCUUUGCCUCUCUCACUGCCGCCUUGCAUAGUGGUGACACCCACUGGCCAGGACUGAUACUGCAGGAGGAUGAAAGAGAAUUAGAGAAAGAAAAGAUUCUCUACCCUCUCUGAUCUUUAUCUUCUGCGAUACGUUAUUAUUGUUAUUAUUAUUUGGAGAGAGCGAUCAUUACGGGGUUGUUGUUUUUUUUUUCUACUUAUUUCAUUUUAUUUUUUUAUUUUUUUUGUUUGUAAAAAAAAAAAAAAAAGAACUUUUUCGGUGGUACGUAGAAGAAGGGAACAAAGAAGAAAACGGAGUCAGGAGAAGUCAUGGUGGUCGAAACGAAUCGAAUCAGGGAAGAACACCUGAAGAUUUUUUAUUUUUUUUUUCCUCCAGAGAAACAAAACUUUUAUGUUAGCAUUUUUCUGCAGAUCACACGAGCAGAGACACGUCGACGUGUGACGGUACAAACUUCUUUAACAGCGAAGACGGAUUACAGACUUACUUACACGGAUCGGCUGCCAUUUACUUACUAUAUACAGUUACAUACGUACAUUCAUGUAACAUUUUAUUCAUUCUACUGGACCUUCUUCUUAAGAAAGAUAAGGAAAAAGCGCAAACUCACAUGACGUUUACGACAAAACAGCACCAACAUUUUGUCUCCAGUACCCGUCAGUGCUGAAGACUCAGGAAGCGUGAAAACGUUGAGAAGAAACGUUGCAAAGAAACGUGUCCACAGUACUUUUAAGCAACUUGUGAGGAAAAAACGGCACAAAACACACACAAAAAAACAAUUCCAUACCGUUCUUUACUCUUAGCGUAUCCAGCUAACGGUUCACGCUGAUAUUCUGACGCAAGGUUGAGUUUCCAGGCUGUAAAUGUAACUCUGUUAACUGGUUUGUAGUGUAAAACAUUUAAAAUCUUAAUAAUUUGGUGGAAAUGGCGAUGCGCAGCCACGGUGUGCGAGGAUGACACCUGUCCAUCUCCAGCAGCUCACAUAUUCACAUUACUACUACAUAGUGUGUUACUGUCAGUGAUGAUGUAUCUACAUAGCGAGUGAUGCAAAGACGGAAGCUCCGAGGAGAUGCUCGACACGACGUUUACGACGGAUUUACGUUUUAAGACUUUGUGGCCUUAGGAUGUGAUCAUGUGUUCAUUUGAAACUUUUUUUAUUUUUAUUUUUGGUUAAUCUUAACCUUGACUUGUCAGAAAACACGGUCACUGCCUAAACGUUUCGGUUGUGUUGUUUUACUUCCCUUAAUAAAGGGGAAUACCACCAACUUAUUCAGAGUGGGGGCUUUUAUGAUGAACUUGUUUAGAUAGUGGGGGGUUUGAGAUUAACUCAUUCAGAGUGGGGAUCUAAAUGAACACUUUAUUUACUGUCCAAACCUGCCAGUGAUCUUACAUGAAUUUAGAUGAAAUGAUGAUGGUAAAAUAAUUGGAAAUCUAUAAUAAAUAUACGAUUUUCUUUAGAGAAUAUUUUUCUGCACUACACCCUACAUUAAAGGAUAUGAAAUUUUGCCAAAAUCUUCUCAAAAGAUGAAAGUGUUUCAGGCAUCAGGCAGUGGAUUUGUUACCAUUUAAUAGCCAGGAGCUUUUAGAAGUUCCAACUUUGUACAUACACUAUUCUCACUGUGUAAGAGUGCAAACCCACUAAAUCCACUCUGAAUGACUCUUAAAUCACUCUGUCUACAUCCUAACUUCUAAAAGUUUGGUGGAAUUUCCCUUUUAAUAUGUCAGUGUAACGUAUCUUGCCUUUUCUAUAAGUACUGCUGUGCUGAAAUAUCCCUCUAUCUAUUAUUUUUGAUAACUAUAAACUAAAUGUCACUUAUUGUUUGAUAAGGGUUUAAUCAGUAUGUUAAUACUGAAGAGUUAAGUGUGGCAAUAUCUUAGUUUCAGUAGGCAGAUCUUUGACCCUGUACUUCCUGUUGUCGCACCUGUGUUCCUCAAGCCCACAAUGUUCUCAGCUCAGCAUUUGGAGAUCUGCUGACCCUGCAUCGCUUAGUUUCAACUUGAAACUUAACCCACCUGACCCAAGGAUCGAGAGUUCAGAAAGAGUUUGGAAAGAUUCAAAUCAUGCGGCUUUGCCAUCAGCAGCCAGAGUCCGAGAGAGCAUAGUUGGCCAUGCGUUGUAUUGAUGCUGCCUCUCUAGUCUCCCACAAGGGGCGACUGUUAGCUGAUGUGUCAGAGCUGGGGACUCAAUGCUUUCCUCUGAGCGAGUUGUGAUGCUGCUUGGUGAUGCUGCUUUGAUUGGCUGCAGUUGAAAAAGGGGUGGGGUCUGAUGUCACAUGUAUCAGAGGGUUUGUUCUCGUCCUUACCCUUUAGCAAGCGCUACAGUGUCCGGUAAAAAGGCUACUAGCUGAAGCUUCUUUUGGGUUGGAGAACGGUAUGGAAUGUUGGAACUAAGCUGUGUAGGAUGGUGGAUCUCCAGCGUCCUCCAUGUUUGAGAACAAGGUUCUUAAGUGGAACGUUAACUACAACCAUCAGAUAACUGUACUAAAGGAUUUAGUCUGGAUCUGUUCUUCUUUUUAAAACUUCAAACCUUCAAACUCUCCUCGGUUUUUCUUUCUGUGUUUCUCUUGUGUCCCAAUACUUACUGAUCUGUAUGUCAAACAACAAGCCCCUCCUACAUACAGAAUAUAUAUGAUAUUAUAUAUAUGAUUUUAUGUUUCGCAAGUGUGAUGUACCAUGGGCGGGGCGUCCACCACCCCGUAAAGCGAGACGUUGCCACAUUUCUAUGAAACGACUGAUUUUUUUUUUCUUUUCUUUUCUUUGUGUUACAUUGUACGCUUAUUAUUAUAUAUCAGAAUCGAAACGGACGACAACUUCUCUUAGUUCUGUAGCAACAUGCUGUGUUUUUAAUAACUUUUUUUUUUUCUAAUAUAAAUUUAAAACACUGGAGCGAAAAGUGAAAAAAGUUCAACUAUAGACGUUUUUUUGUUUUUAUAUUAAAAAAAGCUAGUUUUUAGUCAUUAGACAAAGCCUCUCUUCGAAUCGGCGAAUCAGAACAGAUUGGAAAUGAUGUUUCGUCACGGUCCCUGCAGAACGUCGUGGUUCUGAGUUAUUAAAGGGUUAAAAAUAAAGAGAUUUGAAUUUGGUAUAAAAGUCCUAGCGAACCGUUCCCACCACACUGUAUUAGUGAUGAUAUGGUUAGAGUAUAGCGGGGAAAUCUGCAUCAGUAGUAGAAAACAGUAGUCCUUUAUUUUAUCUUGCAUGCCAUUUGCAGUUAUCACUGUAAGAUCUUUAUAUUGAUUUUGUUUUUCUUCUUUAAGAAUAAUAAAAAAAAAUGUUGUAUUGAU